UGCUAACUGGGCGCCUCUGUCUGGGAAAUUCUCUCUCAAGUUUUUAUAAUCAAGUUAGAGUGAUUCCUCUUGUCCAAAAUCAUAUCUUUGAUAGAACGCGCAGGUGUGCAUCGCUCCACAGGUGCGCUCGUGUCGUCACCGCCUAGUUACAAGUGCCAGGAAGAGAAAAGAUUCUAAAACUCGUUACCAUGGCCGCUCCGACACGGAGGAGCUCCUUUUAAACGCAGUUUGAGCUUUUUGUCAGAACUUUCUUUCACAACUUCAAGAAAAGGAAGACGAGUGUCACGAGGAGACUCAGGUGGAGGAUGGGUAAAACGCAGAAGACCGACCCGGACUCCGAGUACGGAGAACCUGCUCAGUUUGACCCAGAGUUCAAUGGACCCAUGAAGAAAAGAGGAUGCACGGAUAUAAUCUGCUGCGUCCUGUUCAUGGCGGUCAUCCUUGGCUACAUAGCAGUGGGGAUUUUAGCUUGGCUUUUUGGAGAUCCAAGACAUGUUCUUUAUCCAAGAAACUCCACUGGAUGGUUCUGUGGCAUUGGACCAAAUGAAGGCCGACCCAACCUGUUCUACUUUAACAUCAUUAAAUGUGCCACAUCUGCUAACGCUAUGGCAACAGCCCUUAAUGGCUUUCAGUGUCCAACCACACAGGUUUGCGUGGCCAGCUGCCCCACUGACUUUUGGGCUGUGAAACCACAGUCAUAUGUGACUGGAAAGCCAGCAGACGUUUUCAAUCAGAGCCUCUGUGUUCCAUCCAUACAGCUGCAGAACACUGAAAAGGCAAGUCCCACCUGGUUACCAUGUGGCAACACUUCAAUGCAAGAUGUCUGCAUUUCAAUCAGGGAAAGUGCACUCACACUUGGAUCAAUUCACCUGUACAUUUUUCUUAAAACGUAUGUUUUUUUUCAGUCUGUCAAAGAAAUUGUGGACAUGGAGCUUUGCCCUUUCUUCUACAUGCCCACGACCUCAGUGCUGGGUAGGUGUUUGCCUGACAUUUCGGCACUGGGGGGGAUCCCUUCAGACUUUUCCAAUAAUCCCGGAUUGCCCUCCGUCAAUGACACAGUCGGCCUAAUCAAGAACGGCACGGGGGACAUUGUGGGUGGAUUUAAUGCCAGGGACAUUGGCGUCCGCAUCUUUGAGGAUUUUGCGUCGUCAUGGCCGUGGAUCCUCCUUGGUCUGGUCAUAGCGAUGGUGGUCAGUAUGCUGUUCCUGUUGCUGUUGCGAUUCACUGCUCCAGUGAUGGUGUGGGUGCUCCUUGUAGGAGUCCUGGGUGCUGGGGCAUAUGGUAUAUGGCACUGCUACUGGGAAUAUGCUAACUACAAGAACGCCUCUGCUACCAUCAGUAACAUCGGUUUCACCACCAAUUUCAACGUUUACCUGCAAGUCCAAGAGACCUGGCUGGCGUUCUUGAUAAUCAUAUCUGUGGCGGAAGGGAUCAUUCUCCUAACCAUCAUCUUCUUGCGGACAAGAAUCCGCAUCGCCAUCGCCCUAAUCCAGGAGUCCAGCAAGGCGAUCAGUCACAUGAUGUCCUCUCUGCUCUACCCUCUGGUGACCUUUGUUCUCCUGCUGGUGUGCGUCGCCUACUGGGGCGUCACUGCUUUAUAUUUGGCCACUUCGGGAGACCCAAUUUACAAAGUGGUGGCUCUAAACUCCACUCUUGACGACUGUAAGGGAAUCAAUGGCUCUGUGACCUGUGACCCUCAGGACUUCAACUCGACUGACUACCCGGGCUGCCCCUCAGCCAGCUGCAUCUUCAUCAAAUACAACGAUGAGGGGGUCUUCCAGAGGAACCUCUUCAACCUGCAGAUCUACAACGCCGUGGCUUUCCUCUGGUGUGUCAACUUCAUCAUCGCUUUGGGGCAAUGUACGCUGGCGGGGGCCUUUGCCUCCUACUACUGGGCCUUCACCAAACCAAAUGACAUUCCCACAUUUCCCCUGAGCGCUAGCUUCAUACGAACACUCAGGUACCAUGUGGGCUCUUUGGCAUUCGGUGCUUUGAUUCUGACCCUCGUGCAGAUAGCCAGGAUGAUUCUGGAGUACAUUGACCACAAAACUAGAGCGGCACAGAAUCCAUGUGCACGCUUCAUAUUUUGCUGCAUGAAGUGCUGCCUCUGGUGUCUGGAGAAGUUCAUCAAGUUCCUCAACAGGAACGCUUACAUUAUGAUUGCAAUUUAUGGGAAAAACUUCUGCGUCUCAGCCAAAAAUGCUUUCAUGCUGCUCAUGAGAAAUGUAAUAAGGGUUGUGGUGCUGGAUAAAGUGACAGACGUGCUGCUGUUCUUUGGGAAGCUCCUGGUGGUCGCGGGCGUGGGCGUUCUGUCCUUCUUCUUCUUCUCUGGGCGAAUAUUACUACCAGGCAACACUUUCCGCUCUGAAACACUCAACUACUACUGGAUGCCAAUCAUUACGGUGGUGUUUGGGAGCUACCUCAUAGCUCAUGGCUUCUUCAGUGUGUACAACAUGUGUGUCGAUACACUGUUCCUCUGCUUCUUGGAGGACUUGGAGCGUAACGAUGGAUCCAUGGAGAAGCCGUACUUCAUGUCCAAAAACCUCAUGAAGAUCCUCAACAAAUCCAACAAGGCACCAAAAAAGGUUAAAGGGGAGAACUGAGGAUCUUUUUUACCUUUUUUUAAAAUAGUUUUCCUAAAUGGUUGACAAACUAAUUUGCUGAUUUUGCACUUUCUAAUUCUUUUAUUUAUGUGCAUUUAUGUAGUAUUAAUGACUGUGAAUGUGAAUGCAGGGAGUGGGACGUGUUAAGUUGCAUGACGUUUUUCUUAAUUUGUUCAAAUUACUUUGUCUAUUUGACUGAAUGUUCAAAAAUUUUAAAAUAUUUGUUCAUAAACCUCAACAGCGACAUUUUUGACGGCUUGAUGCAUCGUUUAUCCAGUUUAAAGGCUUUUAGUGCAGUUAAGAUUUAGGUGUUUUUCAUGUUUUUGGCUGAAAUUCUUUUCUCUGUAAAAGGAAAGUCUCAGAUUUUGUUUUAUAAAUAUAUUUGUAUACCCACAAUAUUGAAGAUAUUAAAUAAAAUUGUACCAUUGUA